ACAGCGGGGGCCGCCAACGAAUGCAACGACGUCGUAGAGCAAACAUCAACCUGUAACAAGACUCUCGGAGCUGGUACCAGCUCGGUUUCACACUCUUCUCUUCAACUUCACUGCUACAAUCUCUCUGGCUUAUGAUGGAGACACCAGUAGAAAAUUCAGCAUUGACUGAAAAUGUAGAGCUUCCGUCGGUCAUUACUUCCGAUGUUGUGGACCAGAACCACGACAAUACAGUUUCUAGUCCCCCGAACGAUAGGGAAAUGGAAUUCAAGCAUAAGAUAGCUGAAGAAGAAGCGAAAAGCAUGCUGGAAGUUAUAGCAGCUACUGGCAAGUUUUGGCAUGAUUGGGAUGAAUUGAAGAGCAUGCUUUCCUUAUAUCUGAAGCAGGUUCUCUCGGAGUAUCCAGAGGCAAAAAUGACAAGUGAGCAACAAAUUUCGUCGUUAGGAGAGACUUAUGUGGAGUUGGUCAAAAGGUUGGAUAAUGAUCUUCAUAGUUUUGUUGACGGUCCACCUUUUACCCUUCAAAGGCUUUCCGAGAUAUUAUUGGCUGCAAGAAGCAUCUAUCCAAAUCUUUCAAGGCUUGCUUUUGCACUAGAAAAGAAUUUGUCUGUGACAUCAACAUUGACUAUCAGUACUGAUCCAUACCCUCCACCUAUGAUACAAAGUGUGAAUGAACCUGAUAAGGGGACGGAGGAGCCGCAACAACUACAAACAACUACGGAACAAAAUGGAGUCGAGCCUAUGGUAGUUGACAGGGAUGAGACAGCAAUGUCAGAGAUAACGGCCUCUGAAAAUGAAAUAAGCAAUAAUAUGAUGCUGGAUAUGUCGGCCUUUGAAGCAUUAGUUGGUAGAACUGUGGAACCUGUUUCUAGGCCUCCUGACGAGUCAUGACUCGUGAGUUAUUUUUCAAAAAAAAAAAAAUUGCUCCAUGUUUUCCUUCCAACUAAUGGAGUCGCAGGUUUUCUGGCAAUCUUAUUAUUUACCAAUAUUCAAGUGUUCUUGGGCCAACUACUCUUACAGGACAAACCUUUAGUCUAGUAUGUACAUUAUAUAUGCAUGUACCAUUUGUUUUGGCCCUUUGUACCAUGAUAGAGACAGUUAUUUCAUUAGAGCACAAGCAGAAAAAUGUGGGGAUCCAGCAUGUUAUUAUUUUAAUCUUUCAUAUAUUAUAUUUUUGGUAUUUAUGUA